GGCGCACUAGUUUUAGUUGUGAGUGAAGACUGUGACUUGAGUCCUCCAAACCCGGAUUACCACGGCGGAGUCCCAGUGCGCGGAGGGUCGGGCUACGGGUGGGGUAGCGGGGGAUACGAUGACAGACAUCGGGGCCGAAGAGGUGACCAACGCUUGACAAGAGAGGCGAUGAGAAAAUACAUCCGAGAGAAGGAUGAUCUCAAGAUUAUUAUACUUCACGCAAAAGUGGCGCAGAAGUCGUACGGCAACGAAAAGCGGUUCUUCUGUCCGCCUCCCUGUAUAUACCUAUUAGGCGACGGUUGGGCUAAACGUCAGGAACAGAUGAUUAUGAACGGUGUGUCCGAACAGAACGCAAAUCUCUGUGCCUUCAUUGGCAUUGGAAACUCGGACCAAGAGAUGCAACAAUUGGACUUCAGUGGCAAAGUAUGUCCUGUUGUAAGCAUUCACUCUUUCUUUCCCUUUUAUACGAUUGAUUGCACUUUCCAUAGAAUUGCAUAUUGCAAUUAUGCAAACUUUGGGACGAAUAUUAACAUUAAUUCAAUGUUUAAAAUGUGUUUUCAGAACUAUUGUGCGGCAAAGACCCUAUAUAUCAGCGAUUCUGACAAACGAAAGCAUUUCAUGCUUUCAGUGAAAAUGUUUUACGGCAACGGAGAGGACAUCGGAGUCUUCUUCAGCCGACGAAUCAAAGUUAUCUCAAAGCCAUCCAAGAAGAAGCAGUCGCUCAAGAAUGCCGAUCUGUGUAUCGCUUCUGGAACUAAAGUGGCGCUCUUUAACCGUUUGAGAUCCCAAACGGUUAGCACCCGAUAUCUACACGUAGAGAACGGCAAUUUCCACGCCUCCUCUACUCAAUGGGGGGCAUUCACUAUCCAUUUGUUGGACGAAAACGAGUCGGAAUCGGAGGAAUUCACUGUAAGGGACGGUUACAUCCAUUACGGAGCCACUGUUAAACUCAUAAUACGAAAAGUGGACAAACAGACAGCGCUGUUGGAUGCGGACGAUCCGGUGUCUCAGCUCCACAAAUGUGCCUUUUAUAUGAAAGAUACGGAACGCAUGUAUUUAUGUUUAUCACAAGAGCGUAUAAUCCAAUUCCAAGCGACGCCGUGUCCUAAAGAGCCCAACAAAGAGAUGAUCAAUGACGGCGCCUCGUGGACCAUCAUUAGCACCGAUAAGGCUGAGUACACCUUCUAUGAAAAU